CCUAGAUAACACCACCAGUGGGACGCUGCACUUUUGCCGUCCGCACAGUGUUCUUCGAUCUGCACGUGUCGGCAAACUUCGUUUAUCAGAAUUGCAGCCCCGUCGACAUGACUUCUUGGAAGCUUUUCAAGCUUUUUGCCAGUGUCAUCGCGGCUACCACAACAGUGCCAAUGAGUAUUGUUACCGAUGCACAGGACUGCCAGCAGAGUCCACAGGACUGCAGCGCAACGCAGGUGCUGUCUGAUUUCAGCUUGUUCAACACGUACGUCACAUCUGAUCCUAAUCCAUCCAAGUUCUGCGAGAGAUACGACCAGACAUCACUUUCAGAUGACGGCAGCACAGCGCAGUAUGACCUAGUGUACAGGGAUGCCGCUGGAAGCGGCGACCCCAUCAGCGACACCUCCAUCUUCGAAGUUGCGAACAACACUGCCUUUUACGUCACUUACGGAAGCGAUUCCAGUACUGUCUACCAACUCAUCCUUGAUUAUGUGAACGGAGACCAAUGCUUCGUUGGACACUGCAACUGCACUGAAACACAGUAUUACCUUUUCGACAGCCCUGACUCUGACAUCUUGAAAUAUCAUGAGUGCUUCCAGAAGAUUGACGAAUACUCAGGCGGUAGCGUCACAUUCCUGCGUGACCUCUCGAAGUGCCAGCAGAUUCCCCAAAAGCCCUAAUGUGCAGCAUCAGGUUAUACGAUUAAUUAUUUGUUUUCUCUUCAAUGAGUUGAUGACUUGGCAAUAUAUACAUUACGAGCAAUAAAGCCAAACCGCAUGGCUGUGAAGAAAAUUGGUGGCCAUGCGGGACACUUCUUCCCUCUUGUUGAA